ACUGGUGAAACCCCUUCGCAAAACUAACUUACUGGUCUCCAACCCGCCCACGUCGUUGAACUCCCAUCAUGGCAGAUUCUCGUGACCCUUUCCCCAAUGUCAAGGAAAAGCUUACCGGACGAACGAAAAAAUCUGCCUUCGAGAAAUCGCGUCUAGAAGCAGAGGCGAAGAGGCUUCGUGAGGAGGCCGAGACUGCCGCUGUUUACAAGGAUUUUGUCGCCUCCUUCGACCAGGAACCGUCUCUUUCAACUUCUGCUGUGGGCAAUUUCGGUGGAGCCAGAGGUUCGCCUGUUGGCUCCAGGGGCUCCAUAGGUGACUCCAGAGCAGGAUUGAGGGGCGUACCACUAAGUGGGCCUGGGCGAAGACAUUUCACCUCGGCUCCACCCAGAGCUAGCCCGGCAGCAUCGCUAGCAAGCGGUCCGCCGAGCAGAAAACGGAAUAUCGACUCGGUAUUUGAAAGGGAGGAUGAGGCUGGUGUGUUUGGACCAGCCGGCUUGAGUGAUCGUGAUAAAAGACGCCUUCGAGAAUCAAACACUGGACUCUUGGCGUUUGAGAAUUCAGCUCCGCCGAGCAGGAGCAAAGAUCAGUGCUCUCCUGACGAUGACUCUGGUACCCCUGGCCAUUGCGUGAGGAUCGGAAGUUUAGGAGAAUUAUGUUCUAACGGUACUUUCCAUUUUACUAGAUUCUGACACAGCUUCCAGCUCACACCCAAAACCUACUCUUCAUCUUACGUCCCUCCCACCUUCAACCACGAAACCCACAUUGACAGCACUACUCUCUACUACGGCGUUAAAACUAGAUUCCAUCCGUAUCCUUCCAGCCCCUCCCCCCCCAGGCCCUUCCCAGCCAUCCCCAUCUGUCCGAAAGGCAGCGUCCGCGAUUGUCGUAUUAUCCCCGGAGACUCCUUCCUCUGAUAUCGAUGCUGCGGUAUCAAUGCUAAGUGGCCGCUAUCUUGGGUGUGGAUUCUGGCUUGGAAUUGGUCGACAUCUACCAUCCACUACCGUUGGCUCUGUUGGUUCUGGUCCCAUCCUAGCUUCUUUUCAAACUCACCCUUUCGGUGCACGGCCGCCAGCCCUAGUAUCUCGCACCCUCUCACGUGCACCUCCUGUGCAUAGGGGUGGGUUUGCUGCACCUGCUUCCUUUGGGCCCCCUCAUCGCGGGGCCAGCGUUGGGGCAGGCACUGGAGGGUUGGUUAGUUUGCAAAUUCAGGUUGAGACACCAGCCGAUCUCAAAGUGCUCAGGCUCAUACACAAAACCAUCGAAUCAGUCCUAACCCAUGGUCCGGAGUUCGAAGCUCUGUUGAUGUCGUCUAACACAGUGAAGAGUGACAUCAAAUUUUCCUGGCUGUGGGACGCUCGAUCUACGGAAGGAGUUUACUACAGGUGGAAAUUAUGGGAAAUAAUAUCUGGCACAACUUGGGAACGAACUGGUGGCGUCGAUUUGUUUGAACCCUCUUCUUCCCUGGCAACCACUUGGUUCCCACCUCGGAGAACGCUCAAAUACGAGUGGGCGGGGGCGCUGCAGGAUGUGAAAGAUGAUGAAAGCUUUAGCAGUGAAGAGCUUGAGGACGACCGAGAUGAAAGUGAUAGGGAAGAUGAGAUCGAGCGACCAGUCGGUCUUCAGGGUAGUGGGGAGAGCCGACGGGGUCGGGGUUUUUUGGGCGUGCUUGAGCGUGCAAAAUUAAUUCAUCUUAUUUGUGAGAGUCGUCCACGAACUAAUGAUUCGAGUAAAUAACUGACUGGGUUCGCAGCUAGGAUACCCACACAAACUAGCAAGGUUAGGAGAGGAGACGUGGGCCGAGUCAUGGCAUUCGCAAUGGAACACGCUGAAGGGGGAAUGGGCGAGGAGGUCGUUGCAGUCCUUGUGGGAAAUGUAAGCGUUCGAGAUGAAUCACCUCUCUACCUUCUCAGUUCAUACUCACAUGGGUUGCCGAGUAGGUCCUGAAACCGUUUGCCUUCACCAAAGCGGCCUUAAGGGAGAACACCACCGAUGAUGACCAAAGGGUAUCUGAAAAUAAUGACGAGAGCCCUGAUACCUCUGCAGCGAGGGUGAUUGGCCUCUGGCUAAUAUCUGAUAUCCUCUCGAAUUCAUCCCUAGGUAUUCGGAACGCAUGGAGAUACCGGCAAUUAUUCGAUGUUGCAUUGCGUGAGAAGGGUGUUUUCAAUCACUUGGGAAGAGUCUGGAAAGGGAGUGGAUGGGGUCGAAUGAAAGCAGAGAAGUUUCGAAGAGGGGUGGUUGAGGGGGUCUUGGAAUGGUGGGAGGUACACUCCUUGGUCCCUUAUUAGAACCAUCUAUAAAAAGCUGACAUCUGGGGUAGAAAUGGUGCAUAUUCCCACAAUAUACCCAGGAGGAAUUUUUGAGAGCGUUUAUAGGAACGGCGGAUACAGAGAAAAUAGCGUCUGUUCCCGGCUCUCAACCUCCGAAAGAAAAUGCCAACACCGCCGUCCCUGCACUCCUUUCAGCCGCUAAGAGCAAGUGGAAAGCGGUGGAGGCUAAAGCUGAGGCCUUCAAUGUGGAAUCUGCAGUUAAUGCAACAGGAGAGGAGGAUGUGGACGGCGAACCCAUGAUGGAGGAUGAUGUAGAUGGCGAGCCAAUGGUUGAAGACGUAGAUGGUGAACCGAUGAGAGACGAAGACACCGAAAAUGAGCCUGAGACAUUAGAUAACCAUGACGGGUUAAUGCACGGUAGCAACCAGGAAGAAAUAGCCAACUUGUGUGGAAUGCCGGCAGCAGGACUGGUCGUACAUGGCUUCAAAAUAGGAUCAACACUUAGUACCGUUAAGGGAGGAAUGGGCCCAAGAAAGCGGAUGCGGGCUGAGGAUAUGUUUGCUGAUGAGGAUGAUUGCUCGUAGGUUGUGUGCCCCGGCCUGAAUACAUCCGAGGGUGCUUUCCAAUAUUAGUCUAUCACUCUGUGCAAUAUUUUUUUCGGGGGAUUUACAUCUGAAGGAGCUUGAUGUGACUUAGGAGCGAUAUGAUGGAACUAUUAUGAGCCUUGAAUAGAAUACUCAAGUCUUCGUCCUGGAUCACUGGGGUAAAUGCCCGUUAAUGUGGACAAGCCGUCGGACCAGCCCGCACAUAGCCUGCAGGUAUACAGUCUCCCAGGGCAGGCCAAAGUGAAGACUGACCUGAGCUUUGUAGCCCGGAUUUCCCAAAGCCUGCAGACUUCAUAGAUGCCUAUAGGUAGGCUUUCGGAAAGGCUCCAGUGGUGAGCAAAUAUUUUGUCCAUCGGGAGCGGGUGUCCGAAGUCGACCGCAAAUAGCUUCAAAUGCCACCAAUAUAUGCAAAAGCCGGCCAACACUGUGCAAUAGUUCAAGAUGUCUUCCAUUAGCUUGGGCUU